AUGUCAUUCACAUCUCAAGGGACAACACCGACAACGUCGGUAAAGCUUCACCCGUUUGACCCCGUCCGACCGGAAGAAAUUAGACUCGCUGUUCGCAUCCUAGAGGCAUCGUUUCCCGGUGUUCCUCUUCGCUACAACCGUAUUGAUAUUCAUGAGCCCGUUAAGCAAGAUGUCCUUCCCUAUAUCGAAGCAGAACGGCUAGGAAAGCCUCUUCCACCUAGACCAGCACGUCUUUUGUAUUCCUACUUCAGUCGUCUCGACACAGGCGUCUGCAUCAAGGCCUUGAUGAAUGCUGAUACUAAAUCUCUCAUCUACGCAAAGGAGUUCCCAGCGGGGGUGCAGCCCCCCAUGGAUGUUGAUGAAAUUGCUGGUAUCGAAGAGCACUGCAUGCAGCACCCAGCAGUACUGGCAGAAAUUGAGAAGCUUAAGCUGCCCCCCGGCAUGACAGUCUGCAACGACCCAUGGAUGUACGGAACUGACGACCCCAACGAGAAACGGCGACUGUUCCAAUGCUUCAUGUAUAUUGUAGAGGUGGAUCAUCCCGAGAACAACCAUUACUCGUUACCUUGCAAGUUUUCUCCUGUCUUUGAUGCUCGUACAAAGGAAUUGAUCCGUAUGGAUUAUCUCCCCGGUGGCACAGAUCACCAGACAGUCGAGACUCAGCCGUGGGUACCCGUCAAAGCUGUUCAGUAUGCCCCAGAACUUCUAGACGAGCCACUCCGGACAGAUCUCAAGCCAUAUGUUGUGCAGCAGCCCGAGGGUGCAUCCUUCUCGGUUGAUGGCAACUCCGUUUACUGGCAGAAAUGGCGCUUCAGGGUCGGAUUCAAUAACCGGGAGGGUCUCGUCCUCCACAAUAUCACAUACGACAAGCGCAACGUUUUCUACCGUCUGAAUGUCUCAGAAAUGACCGUGCCGUACGGAGACCCCCGAGCUCCCUACCACCGCAAACAAGCCUUCGACGUCGGCGACGUCGGCUUCGGUCUCAACGCCAACCAACUCUCCUUGGGCUGCGAUUGCUUAGGCCAUAUCAAAUAUUUCGACGGCUACCGAUCCGACUCGAAGGGCAACCCCAUCCUGUUGAAGAACAUAAUCUGUAUGCACGAACAAGACAACGGCUUGCAGUACAAGCACACAAAUUACCGCUCAAACGCAGCAACCGUCAAGCGUAAUCGUCAGCUCGUCCUCCAGAUGAUCUGCACCGUCGCAAACUACGAAUACAUCUUCGCCUACAUUUUCGACCAAGCCGGAAACGUCGAGCUCGAAGUCCGUGCAACAGGUAUCCUGUCUACCGUUCCCUUCGACAACCUGAAUGGUGAGACCGUCCCCUGGGGUACCAACGUCGGCCCUGGCGUCAUGGCCCCUUACCACCAACACAUGUUCUCUCUCCGUAUCGACCCUGCAAUCGACGGCUUUAAGAACACUGUUUACUACGAAGAUAGUGUGCCACUCCCCGAGGACGAGAAUAACCCCUAUCUGGUCGGCUACACCACGGAACAGACCGUGAUCCGCAAGUCCAGCUCCGCCAACACCGACGUUAACCGUCACCGCGUCUUCAAAAUCCGUAACGACAACGUCAUCAACCCCAUCACCUACAAGCCCGUUUCGUACAAACUCAUGGCAGCACCUAGCCAAAUGCUCCUACUCCCCAAGCACGCAGUGGGACACCAGCGGGCCGAGUUUGCCAGCAAGCCGAUCUGGGUCACCAAGUACCAGGACAACGAACUAUUCGCCGCAGGUGAAUUCACGAACCAGAGCAAGAAGGCCGAGGGUGUCGAGACCUGGGUCCAGAGAAACGACAAUACAGAGAAUGAGGACGUGGUCCUUUGGCACACUUUCGGUCUCACCCACAACCCUCGUAUUGAGGAUUUCCCUGUUAUGCCUAUGGAGCGUAUUAGUGUUAUGCUUCGGCCAGAUGGCUUCUUUACGAAGAACCCGGCUCUGGAUGUGCCUCCUUCGUCCCAAGCAUUCAAUAAAUCGACUCUUCACUCUGAGCCGGCGCCGGCAGCGGCGUGCUGCUCUGGGGUUGGAGGCAGCAAGGCGAAGCUUUACAAGCGUGUUGACUAA